GUGGGGUUCUCCUAUUUUGAGAUAAGCGAAUUUCUCUUGCGGCAUGUUGUGCCGCGGUGCGCCAUGGACUUGCACCUCGGUGGCUUCGCUUCCGCGGCUUCCGCGGCUUCCGUGGCUUCGCGCAGCGGGGCAGGUAGCAUCAGCUCCACCCCGAAAGCUGCGCGCCCACCCGCAGGCAAUGUGUUUCUUGGCGGUGGCUUCAAGAGGUAGGUCAAAGCGGGUGGCUCGAUUUGCCAAAGCUGGAGGGCAGCGCCCACGUUUGGUGCUGGGUCUGGAUGGCGUGCUUUGCGCCAGCGCAGAAGAGGCCAGCAGCGCUGCAUGCAAAGCGGCCUACGCGAUUUGGCCAUCCGUCAUGAAAGAUGCCAAAGAGGUGAGCCUCAACGAGGCUGGCGUGCGGCAAAGCUGGGUGGAGUAUGAUUGGGAAAGGCUUCUGGAGCAUAGGUCCUCCGCAUUUACUCCGGCACCGCCUUGGCUGCUGUACAAGGUGGAGCAGCUGCGUCCGGCGUGCCAAGCCGAGUGGGAGCUGGUUUUAUUCGCUCGACUUUGCGUGGAGGAGGCGGUGGCCUGUCGCGCCAACAGGGCCAAAGGGAGAAGAGGCGCGCGGCCGCUCACCGUGGGGGAGAUCGAGUCCAAUUGGCUGGAGAGCGGUGGUCUGAGGGAUUUGCUGCUGGCGCGCUGGGGGCCAAAUAUUGGCCACUUGCAAGAAGCCAUGGCGGAAGCUCGCCGAUGUCACAGAGGCCUUUCAGAGGAUCAUUUGUUUAAAGAAGUCUUGGAGCUGGUGUACCUGGCGGUGGCAGAAGGUGCCAUUGAGGAAAGUGUAGAUGUGGUCACAAGCCGCGAUCAACUCUCAGCUGUGCAAGCUCUGCAAGCUUCCACCCAAAUAGCCUCCGAGCUUGAACUCGCACCGGACCAUCAGGGUUCAUGGGCGAGGAAGGAUGGGUGGCGAAUGCACUGUGCGCUGGGAAGUGUUGAGGAGAAGGUUGCCGCCGUCCAGUCUUUGGCGAAGGAGACCGGCGCGGGUUGUGGAGAAGGCCUGGUGGUGGUCGAUGACUCUGUGGCCUUCCUGCGGGCCUGCGCUGCAAAGUUACAGCUGGGCGCCGCCAAGCUUUGCCUGGCCAACUGGGGCUAUGUGAGCCACAGCCACUGGGCGGAUGGUCGCUCCAGGCUGCCGAGAGUGAAAGAGCUUCAAGGUGCGGCAGAUCUCGCGGCAUUUCUUCGUGACACCGCAUGAUCUCACAUGAACAAAAGCUGCCUUGGGAUGCUUCUGGGGAAAUUGCAACGUCACU